GCACUGCAGGUCGGACUGCUGAGCUUGCCUGGCGGUUGAAACGGACUCAUGCAGUCCUGUGCAGGGGACCAGCACACGUCCGGUCAGCUGGCAGGGGCGUGCAGGCAUUCUUCAAGUUCUUGCCUGAAGGCUGAGCUGCAGGCUGAAAACACCUAGGAUGGCGUGAGGAGCUUGGGAUUUGAAAAUUUGGCUUGGGAAAUAGGGGGAUUGAACCCUGCUGCCUCCUUGGGCGCUGAGCAACACGAUUGCAUCCCCAAUGCUCAGCCGAUAGGGGAUAAUUGACGGAUUUCCCCUGGGUUUAGAAGCUUUUAGCUGCAGAUGGUCGACCUCUGGCAGCACUGAUCAGUUCCAGCCAAGUUCUAGGGUUUUGAAAGUCAGUAAGAAUCAUGGCUUCCAAUUUAGGGUUACAAAGCUUAGUACCCAUGGCAAAGUCAGGUGCCGCUUCUGCCGUCUUUAUCAUGGAUGUGAAGGGACGUGUGCUCAUCUGGCGGGACUAUAGAGGGGAUGUCUCGGCAACCCAAGCGGAGAGGUUCUUCAACAAGCUCAUGGAUCAACAGAGCGAGAACCCCUCAUCAAACAAUCCCGUUGUCUUUGACGAUGGGGUGACCUACAUGUACAUCCAGCACAACAAUCUCUACCUCAUGGCUGUCUCCCGGCAGAAUGCAAACGCAGCCAGUUUGCUACUCUUUCUGCACAGAAUAGUGGAUGUUUUCAAGCACUACUUUGAGGAGCUGGAGGAGGAGUCACUCCGUGAUAACUUCGUUGUUGUGUAUGAGCUUUUGGACGAGAUGAUGGACUAUGGGUAUCCCCAGUACACUGAAGCCAAGAUUUUGAGCGAGUUCAUCAAAACGGAUGCCUACAAGAUGGAGGUUACGCAGCGUCCGCCAAUGGCAGUCACAAAUGCUGUCUCGUGGCGUAGCGAGGGCAUCAGGUACAAGAAGAACGAGGUCUUCUUGGACGUCGUUGAGAGUGUCAACAUCCUGGUAAACAGCAACGGGCAGCUGGUGAGGUCUGAGGUUGUUGGGGCACUCAAAAUGCGAACCUACCUCAGUGGCAUGCCAGAGUGCAAGCUGGGGCUCAACGACCGGGUGUUGCUGGAGGCGCAAGGGAGGGCCUCAAAAGGGAAAGCCAUUGACUUGGACGACAUCAAGUUCCACCAGUGUGUUCGGUUAGCUCGUUUCGAGAAUGAUCGGACCAUCUCCUUCAUCCCCCCUGAUGGCGCGUUUGACUUGAUGACGUAUCGGUUGAGCACACAGAUCCGGCCGCUCGUGUGGGUGGAGUGCCAAGUGGAGCGGCAUUCGCGCAGCCGCGUCGAGUUCAUGGUGAAGGCCAAGAGCCAGUUCAAGGAGCGCAGCACCGCCACCAACGUGGAGAUCGAGCUGCCGGUUCCGAUGGACGCCACCACGCCGGCAGUGCGAUGCACCAUGGGGACGGCCACGUAUGCGCCCGAGCGGGAGGCCCUGCUGUGGAAGAUAAAGUCGUUCCCCGGUGGAAAGGAGUACAUGCUGCGGGCCAAGUUCAGCCUCCCAAGUGUGGCGCCUGAAGAGGACACGCCGGAGAAGCGCCCACCCAUUCGGGUGAAGUUCGAGAUUCCGUACUUCACGGUGUCUGGAAUCCAGGUGCGAUACUUGAAGAUCAUUGAGAAGAGCGGGUACCAAGCACUGCCCUGGGUUCGAUACAUCACAAUGGCUGGAGAGUACGAGAUCAGAGUGAUCUGAUCACCGAGCUUAGCUAGAUGAUCCCACUGGAUAGAACAAAGGCUGUAAGCUUGUUUGCCUUUUUGGUCGAGCUUGCAAUCCAUUGAUACGGAGGGGGCUUGAUUGCUCCUGCUCAGCUCGAUUUUUCUUCUCUGGCAGCUGCAUGGGUUGAAUGGUGAAUUGUUUGUCGUGGUUUCGAUUCAUGGUCAUGAGACCUACGCGUUGAAAGAUAGAAUUUGCA